AUGGAUAACAUAAAAAGCCCAUUGAAAGGGAUUGUAAGUGACUUCAAAGGAAGAAUAGCAUGCUAUAAACAAGAUUGGACUGCUGCAUUUUGCUGUGGUCCCAGGAUUUUGGCUCCGACUACCUAUAUAUUCUUUGCUUCUGCACUUCCAGUAAUUGCUUUUGGAGAACAACUUAGUAGAGAAACAGAUGGAAGUUUGAGCACAGUGGAAACUCUGGCUUCUACUGCUCUUUGUGGUAUCAUACACUCAAUAAUUGGUGGACAGCCGCUUUUGAUUUUAGGGGUGGCAGAACCAACAGUUAUAAUGUACACCUACUUAUACAGUUUUGCAAAAGGGCGGGCUGGUCUUGGACAAGCACUGUUCUUGGCUUGGGCUGGAUGGGUGUGCAUCUGGACAGCUCUCCUACUCUUUCUUUUAGCAAUAUUCAAUGCUUGCACCAUCAUCAGUAAAUUUACAAGGAUUGCAGGGGAACUUUUUGGCAUGUUGAUUGCAGUUCUUUUCAUUCAACAGGCUGUUAAGGGAGUGAUAAGUGAAUAUAAAAUUCCUGAAGCUGAAGACGCAACAGCAGAAAAGUAUCAAUUUCCGUGGCUAUAUACAAAUGGGCUGCUAGGAAUUAUAUUCUCCUUUGGUCUACUCUUUACUUCUUUAAAGAGCAGAAGGGCAAGAUCAUGGCGGUAUGGCACAGGAUGGUUCCGAAGUUGUAUUGCAGAUUAUGGGGUACCUUUGAUGGUAUUGGUAUGGUCAGCAUUGUCAUUCAGUGUACCUAGUACAGUUCCUUCUGGAGUUCCCAGGAGGCUUGUUAGUCCUCUUCCUUGGGAGUCUGCAUCAUUGCAGCAUUGGACAGUAAUCAAGGAUUUGGGGAAGGUGCCACCAGAAUACAUAUUGGCUGCCUUUGUGCCAGCAGUGAUGAUUGCGGGUCUUUACUUUUUUGACCAUAGUGUUGCCUCACAAAUGGCACAACAGAAGGAGUUCAAUCUCAAGAACCCACCUGCUUAUCACUAUGACAUCUUGAUUCUUGCGAUUAUGACUUUGCUGUGUGGAUUAAUUGGACUUCCUCCCUCCAAUGGGGUACUCCCACAAUCUCCCAUGCACACCAAGAGUCUAGCUGUUCUCAAGAGACAGUUGUUUAGAAAGAGAAUGGUAAAGAGUGCCAAGGAAUGCAUGAAGCAAAAAGCUAGCAACUUGGAAAUUUAUGGCAGGAUGCAAGCAGUGUUCAUUGAAAUUGAUGCAACUCCAGCUCCUUCAGUAGCGAAUGAGCUGAAGGAAUUGAAGGACGCAGUCAUGAAAGGUGAACAUGGAGGAAUCCAAAAUGAAAAAUUUGAUCCUGAAAAGCACAUUGAUGCUUGCUUGCCUGUCCGGGUUAAUGAGCAAAGACUAAGCAACCUAGUACAGUCACUUCUUGUGGCGGCAUCAUUAUUUGCCAUGCCUGUAAUAAAAAAGAUACCUACAUCAGUUCUUUGGGGAUAUUUUGCCUACAUGGCCAUAGACAGCCUCCCUGGAAAUCAGUUCUGGGAAAGAAUGAAGCUGCUCUUCAUAACUCCUGGACGGCGUUACAAGGUUUUGGAAGGAGCACAUGCCUCUUUUGUGGAGUCAGUACCAUACAAAUAUAUUGCUACACUUACACUUUUCCAGUUGAUGUAUCUUCUAGUUUGUUUUGGAGUUACAUGGAUACCCAUUGCUGGAAUAUUGUUCCCCUUGCCAUUCUUUCUUCUCAUAAGCAUCAGAGAGCAUAUUCUCCCCAAGUUGUUUCACCCACUUCACCUUCAUGAAUUGGAUGCGGCUGAGUAUGAGGAAAUACCUGGAGUUUGGACUCACAGUCAUGGCAUUUCAUUCAAGGACAAGGAGCCUAAUCAAUCUGAAGAUAAAGGUAGAGAAGUAGAAAUGUGUGAUGCCGAGAUAUUGGAUGAGCUGACCACCAGCAGAGGAGAGUUGAAGCUUAGAUCUGUAAGCUUCAGUGACAAUGUCCUUGCUCAGGCAAGACUCUUUGAUUUGCUCCACUUUUAGAGAUGUUGACUAUGCAUGCACUGUAGUGUCUAACCCAUCAGACAA